AUGAACUUGGAAGAUAUUGGAAAGAAAUUGUUGGAUCUUACAAAUCAACAACGUAAAGCAAAUGGACUAGCUGACUUGGUUUGGAGUCCAGAGUUGUCAAAGUUAGCAGAGCAACAUUCAUUGCAGAUGGCCUCUGGAGCUGUCCCAUUCGGACACCAAGGCGCAGAGGAGAGGCACAAGAAGAUCCCAUUCCCAACAACAGGCAACACAGAGAACGUUGCCUUCCACAAUGAUAGGAGGCAACCUGCUGAGUCUGCGAUGAGAGUAUGGCUUGGCAUUGAAGGCAAUGUCCGCAACAUCAAUGGCAACUACACUCACUGCGGAGUAGGUGUCGCAAAGAAGGCCAAUGGCGAGUACUACUUCACACAGAUUCUCUCCAAGCGAACA